GCCUCACUGCUGUUGACUGCAGCUCCAUGGCUCCAUCUAGUGGACUGAUAGUAGAAGUAGAGCAGCUGAUGGCAGCUUCCUCUGCCUCACUGCUGUCUGACUGCAUUCAACUGACACUGAUAUGAAAGAGGAAAGAAGAGCCAAUCAGUGGAGGAGCAGCUGAGAUUUCUCCAGGAGAAAUGAUUGGAGUUGAUGAGCAGAUGAAUGAUUAGUGUUUCCUCUCCAGGUGAAGGUAGAAAGAGCAGCAUGAAUCAGUGUGAGGAACCUGGACCUGGACCUGAACCUGAACCUGGAUCUGGACCCAGCUGUGUGUCCUUCAAGAGUGACUGGUCAAAUGGUCGUCUCAUUGAUUUUAAAGGACCACAGCCCUCUGUUAGAAAGAGGAUCUAUGGGAGACCAUGCUCUUCUGAGCCUGGACCUGUACCUGGACUCAGUUUGUCCUUCAAGAAUGACUGGUCAAAUGAACGCUACACGGAUUUUAAAGGACGACAACCCUCUGCUUCAAAGAGGAGGAAGCUGGGAGAACCUGAACCCAGCUGUUUGUCCAUGAAGAGUGACUGGUCUAUAAAUCGUCCUAUAUACUUCAAAGAUCGACGUCUCAGUUUUCAUCCAAGAGUGGACCAGGAGAGCUCAGAGGUUCCCAGUGGUCAGUCUGCCCAGCAGCAUCAAACACACCUGGACUCCAUAUUUAUGCUGCUGGAGGAGAACAUCGUCACUUUUGUGAAGAAGGAGCUGAAGAAGAUGCAGAAGGUUCUGAGUCCAGAUUACCCAGAAUGCUUAGAGAGUCAGAGGGAGGAUGAGGAGGUGUUGGACGGUGAGGAUGAAGAGCAGAGGAGGAGGAGCAGAGAGGCAUUUCUGAAGAUCACACUGAACUUCCUGAGGAGAAUGAAGCAGGAGGAGCUGGCUGACUGUCUGCAGAGCAAAACUUAUGCUGCAGUUUGUCAGCGUAAACUUAAAUCUAACCUGAAGAAGAAGUUCCAGUGUUUGUUUGAGAGGAUCUCUAAAUCAGGAAACCCAACCCUUCUGAAUCAGAUCUACACAGAGCUCUACAUCACAGAGGGAGGGACUGGAGAGGUCAAUGAUGAACAUGAGGUCAGACAGAUUGAAACAACAUCCAGGAAACCAGACAGACCAGAAACAACCAUCAGACAAGAAGACAUCUUUAAAGCCUCACCUGGAAGAGAUGAACCAAUCAGAACAGUGAUGACAAAGGGAGUGGCUGGCAUUGGGAAAACAGUCUUAACACAGAAGUUCACUCUGGACUGGGCUGAAGACAAAGCCAACCAGGACAUACACUUCACAUUUCCAUUCACUUUCAGAGAGCUGAAUGUGCUGAAAGAGAAAAAGUUGAGCUUGGUGGAACUUGUUCAUCACUUCUUUACUGAAACCAAAGAAGCAGGAAUCUGCAGGUUUGAAGAGUUCCAGGUUGUGUUCAUCUUUGACGGUCUGGAUGAGUGUCGACUUCCUCUGGACUUCCACAACACUGAGAUCCUGACUGAUGUUACAGAGUCCACCUCAGUGGACGUGCUGCUGACAAACCUCAUCAGGGGGAAACUGCUUCCCUCUGCUCGCCUCUGGAUAACCACACGACCUGCAGCAGCCAAUCAGAUCCCUCCUGAGUGUGUUGACAUGGUGACAGAGGUCAGAGGGUUCACUGACCCACAGAAGGAGGAGUACUUCAGGAAGAGGUUCAGAGAGAAGAAGCAGGCCAGCAGGAUCAUCUCCCACAUCAAGACCUCACGAAGCCUCCACAUCAUGUGCCACAUCCCAGUCUUCUGCUGGAUCACUGCUACAGUUCUGGAGGAUGUGUUGAAAACCAGAGAGGGAGGAGAGCUGCCCAAGACCCUGACUCAGAUGUACAUCCACUUCCUGGUGGUUCAGUCCAAAGUGAAGAACAUCAAGUAUGAUGGAGGAUCUGGGACAGAUCCACACUGGAGUCCAGAGACCAGGAAGAUGAUUGAGUCUCUGGGAAAACUGGCUUUUGAUCAGCUGCAGAAAGGAAACCUGAUCUUCUAUGAAUCAGACCUGACAGAGUGUGGCAUCGAUAUCAGAGCAGCCUCAGUGUACUCAGGAGUGUUCACACAGAUCUUUAAAGAGGAGAGAGGACUGUACCAGGACAAGGUGUUCUGCUUCGUCCAUCUGAGUUUUCAGGAGUUUCUGGCUGCUCUUCAUGUCCAUCUGACCUUCAUCAACUCUGGAGUCAAUCUGCUGUCAGAAGAACAACCAACCUCCCAGAAGUCUGAAACAAGAAAAGAUGACUCUGCAGAGACACAGUUCUACCAGAGUGCUGUGGACAAGGCCUUACAGAGUCCAAAUGGACACCUGGACCUGUUCCUUCGCUUCCUCCUGGGUCUUUCACUGCAGACCAAUCAGACUCUCCUACGAGGUCUGCUGACUCAGACAGGAAGUGGUUCAGAGACCAACCAGGAAACAGUCCAGUACAUCAAGAAGAAGAUUGAAGAGAUUCCCUCUGCAGAGAGAAGCAUCAACCUGUUCCACUGUCUGAAUGAACUGAAUGAUUGCACUCUAGUGGAGGAGAUCCAACAGUCCCUGAGUUCAGGAAGUCUCUCCACAGAUAAACUGUCUCCUGCUCAAUGGUCAGCUCUGGUCUUCAUCUUACUGUCAUCAGAAAAAGAUCUGGACGUGUUUGACCUGAAGAAAUACUCUGCUUCAGAGGAGGCUCUUCUGAGGCUGCUGCCAGUGGUCAAAGCCUCUAACAAAGCUCUACUGAGUGGCUGUAACCUCUCAAAGAGAAGCUGGGAAGCUCUGUCCUCAGUUCUCAGCUCCCAGUCCUCUAGUCUGAGAGAUCUGGACCUGAGUCACAACGACCUGCAGGAAUCAGGACUGAAGACUCUGUCUGUUGGACUGAAGAGUCCACACUGUUCACUGGAGUCUCUCAGACUGAGUGUCUGUAACCUCUCAGAGAGAAGUUGUGAAGCUCUGUCCUCAGUCCUCAGCUCCCAGUCCUCUAGUCUGAGACAUCUGGACCUGAGUAACAACAACCUGCAGGAUUCAGGAGUGAAGACUCUGUCUGUUGAACUGGAGAGUCCACACUGUUUACUGAAAACUCUCAGAAUGAGUGGCUGUAAGCUCUCAGAGAGAAGCUGGGAAGCUCUGUCCUCAGUUCUCAGCUCCCAGUCCUCUAGUCUGAGAGAUCUGGACCUGAGUAACAACAACCUGCAGGAUUCAGGACUGAAGACUCUGUCUGUUGGACUGGAGAGUCCACACUGUUCACUGGAGACUCUCAGUCUGUCAGGCUGUCUGAUUAGAGAGAAAGGCUGUGCUUCUCUGGCCUCAGCUCUGAGAUCCAACCCCUCCCAUCUGAGAGAGCUGGACCUGAGCUACAAUCAUCCAGGAGACUCAGGAGUGAAGCUGCUGUCUGCUGGACUGGAGGAUCCAGACUGGAGACUGGACACUCUCAGGGUGGAGCCUGGUGGAGUCCGAUGGUUGAGACCAGGUCUGACGAAGUAUUCCUGUCAACUCACAAUCGACACAAACACAGUGAACACAAAGAUCAAACUGUCUGACGACAACAGGAAGGUGAUAUAUGUGGAGGAGGAUCAGUCAUAUCCUGAUCAUCCAGACAGAUUUGACCAGUUGUCUCAGCUGCUGUGUAGAACUGGUCUGACUGGUCGCUGUUACUGGGAGGUCGAGUGGAGAGGAGGAGUUGAUGUAUCAGUGAGUUACAGAGGAAUCAGCAGGAAAGGAGAGAGUGAUGAAUGUUGGUUUGGAAGAAACAAUCAGUCCUGGAGUCUGAGAUGCGCUUAUCCUCAGGGUUACUCUGUCUGUCACAAUAACAGAGAAACAACUAUCUCCUCAUCCUCUCUCUGUCACAGAGUAGCAGUGUAUGUGGACUGUCCUGCUGGCUCUCUGUCCUUCUACAGAGUCUCCUCUGACUCUCUGAUCCACCUCCACACCUUCAACACCACAUUCACUGAACCUCUGUAUCCUGGGUUUACUCUCUGGCGGCCUGGUUCCUCAGUGUCUUUGUGUUCAGUGUAGCAGAGUCUGAUAGUUCAGUCUGUUUAUGUCUGUCUCUGUCACUCACACACAUUUUCAGAUGUAUUAAUGUACUAAAUCUGUUAAUUUUUAAAAAAAAACUCCUUCCUCCUCUCAAUGCCAGAAUCAGCUGUAGUGGGUGAUAACAACAAAUCCUCUCUGCUGUUAUUAACAAUUUUCCCUUUAUAUCUCGACUACUAUCUUAUUGGCAUUUCACAACUUUCAAGCAAAGACAAAGUAGAUGACAGAUAAAAAAUUCAGAUUUCGUCCAGCAGGAGUUGCUGCUGGCUGUUUGAAGAAAACUUUGAAGCAACUUGCUGACUUUGUGUUGGGAAAUAAAAUGUAAUCUGACUAAUUUUGUGGAAAUAAGUCCACAUGUGCACUGUCUACGUCAACUGAAUGUAUAACCACAUAUUUAUCUGGGAGGUAGAAACUCAGUAAGAUAAAAGAACAUUUAAACCAAAGUGAUCAAAGUAAAUAAGUUUAAUAUAAAGUUGUAUUUUCUGUAAAUGUUCCCAAAGUUCUGAUCUGAAAUAAUAACUUAGAUCAGCUUUGUAUUUUUUUUAACAUUGAUCUCAGUAUUUUUAGACUUUUAUUGUGUCCGUUUAUCAAUCAAGCCACAGAGCACCACAGUAAUAUGUGCAGAGAGCUGUUUGUUCUUCAGGUGUUACAGUAAACUCUGUCACCUGUCAGGUUUUAGCUGUGAACAGAAAUAAACAGAUGUGACGACAGGUCUUCUCCAUGUGGGCUGGUCCGAGUUUGCAUUUUUUCAGUUCUUAAGAGACUAAUAUAAAUCCUGAAGGGGGCACACAAAGACCGUUAAUGUGUAGGAUUCAGAAUUUUGUGCUACACCCCUGAUCAUAGUUCACCACUGCACAAAUCUGCAGGAAACCUAUGAUCUGUAAUGAUGUGUCCAAAAGCUGCCCAAGUAGGGCCCAUCCAUUCAGCUAGCAUAUUGAUGAU